AUGACGACGAUCCCCAAGGCGUCAGUGCCACCCAUGCAUGUCCUAUAUGCAACAGCUUUGCUGAUUUGUCUCGCUUUCAUCUUUGUUGUAACAACUCCAGCCAGGCCAAGUUUCAAAUGGCUUGACCUCCAGCACGUGGGCCUUCAGAAUGGCAAACUCCACCUCCAGGGAGCGGCCUCUGAAUGUUACAGCAGCAGGCUCAGUGGUGAAUCAACAACCGCUGUCGAGCUAUACAUAUCGGCCAUCUUGGACCGGAACGACAAAUCAUUCGAACGCCUUACUUGUCCACCGACAAGUCCCGGCCGAUAUGACAGGCUACGACGCCAUCCAGCAGCACAUUCGGCGCAGAAGGAGCGCACCAAGAAGCACUACUUCUUCGCUCUGAAUCUAUACCAAUGUGCACCUAUCCUGCCUCGGCUCCUCGGCUCCAUCAUCGAAGCAUUCAGAGUCCUCGACCCAGAGACCUGUGUCCUAUCCGUCGUCGGAAGCCGCUCAGAUGACAGCACAACCGAGAUUUUGACCAGGUUAAGACCUCAUCUCAAAGCAACGGUAGUGACAUACUACUUUGGCACAAGCCCCAUCAACCUUCUAGAGCCAGGCCACGACCGAAUAACCGAGCUCGCCAGUCUUCGCAACCUCACCCUCGGCCCCCUCAUCCACCAGCCCGCCCACUACGUCGCAGACAACACCAUCGUCGUCUUUCUCAACGACGUCGCUAUCUGCCCCGACGAUAUUCUCGAGCUGUUCUACCAAUACACACUCCGGUGCGCUGAUUUGGUCUGCGCCAUGGACUGGAAAGACGAUGGACAAGUCUUCUACGACUCGUGGGUGUCGCGCGGCAAGAACGGAGACUUGGUCGUCGAAAUGCCCCAGCCGGGCGCGUGGGACUUUGUUCGAAACACAUUCUGGAACGACCCGGCCUCCAAAGCUGGCCUUGACGCAAAGCUCCCCAUCCAGGUUUAUGCGUGCUGGAACGGAGCGACAAUCUUUACUGCGAAACCGCUCCUCGAGCACAAAGAUCCGCUUUCGACCUGUGGAAGCCACGGAUACGGGUGUACCGCCGUCAUCCCGAGCGUCAACCUGGCGGAUUCCGACGAGCAAGGGCGCGUGGUGAAAGAGGUCCAAGUGUAUACGGUUGAUAGUGUCAAUGUCAAUGUCGUUGUGGAUGUCGAUGACAGCAACAUCGAGGAAAGUGAGCGCGACUAG